AUGUCUUCUGCCGCCGCGGUGGUCCGGCAGCUGGCGCUGGCCGCGCUACUGGUGCUGAGUCCGGCGGGGGCAACGCGACAAACGCGGAGGCCCAACGUGGUGCUCAUCCUCACUGACGAUCAGGACGUCUGCCUGGGUGGCAUGACCCCACUAAAGAAGACUAAUGCUCUAAUUGCGCAGAUGGGAGUAACCUUUCUAAAUGCAUAUGUUCCCAGUGCACUUUGCUGUCCCAGUCGAGCCAGCAUUUUAACGGGGAAAUAUCCACAUAAUCAUCAUGUUGUCAAUAACACUUUGGAAGGGAACUGUAGCAGCAAGUUAUGGCAGAAGAUUCAAGAACCAUACACCUUCCCAGCACUGCUCAAAGCUAUGUGUGGUUAUCAAACAUUCUUUGCAGGAAAGUACUUGAAUGAGUAUGGAGCAGAGGAUGCAGGGGGAGUAGGUCAUGUCCCUCCUGGAUGGAGUUUUUGGUAUGCUUUGGAGAAAAAUUCAAAAUACUACAACUAUACUCUGUCGGUAAAUGGCAAAGCACGAAGGCACGGUGAGAACUACAGUGUAGAUUAUCUGACAGAUGUACUGGCCAACAUGUCACUGGACUUCUUGGAGUACAAAUCUAAUUUUGAACCUUUCUUUAUGAUGAUCUCGACACCAGCACCGCACUCCCCUUGGACAGCUGCCCCGCAGUACACCAAUAGCUUUCAGAAUGUCAGUGCACCAAGAAACAGCAAUUUUAACAUUCAUGGAAAGAACAAGCACUGGUUAAUUCGACAAGCAAAGACUCCAAUGACUAACUCUUCAAUACAAUUUCUUGAUAACGCUUACAGAAAGCGGUGGCAAACUCUGCUGUCAGUAGAUGACCUGAUAGAGAAACUAGUGAAGAAACUGGAGCUGAAUGGAGAGUUAGACAACACGUACAUCUUUUACACAUCAGACAAUGGCUUCCACACUGGCCAGUUUUCUCUGCCAAUAGACAAACGGCAGCUAUAUGAGUUUGAUAUCAAAGUUCCAUUGCUCGUUCGAGGACCAGGGAUAAAACCAAACCAGACAAACAAGAUGCUUGUUGCAAAUAUUGACUUGGGUCCCACAAUUUUGGAUAUCGCGGGGUAUGACUUGAAUAAGACCCAGAUGGAUGGGAUGUCACUACUGCCACUGUUGAGAGGAGACAAAAAUGUGACAUGGAGAUCAGACUUCUUGGUGGAGUAUCAAGGAGAAGGAUACAAUGGCAGUGAUCCUACCUGUCCUGGCCUAGGACCUGGAGUCACACACUGCUUCCCAGACUGUGUCUGUGAAGAUUCCUAUAACAACACAUAUGCUUGCGUAAGGACACUCUCAACUUCCUGGGACCUGCAGUACUGUGAAUUUGAUGACCGGGAGGUGUUUGUGGAAGUGUAUAACUUGACUGCAGAUCCACACCAGAUCAAUAACAUUGCUAAAACAAUUGAUCAAGAAAUUCUAGAGAAGAUGAACUAUCGAUUGAUGAUGCUGCAGUCCUGUUCAGGAGCAACUUGCCGUACACCAGGUGUCUUUGAUCCUGGGUACAGGUUUGACCCACGGCUCAUGUUCAACAACCAUGGUGUUCGGGCUCGGAGGUUUUCUGCAGAGCCUUUAUGA